AUGUUUACAAAAAAUGUCAAGGUCGACUUAAGGGAUUAUAAAGGCCGGACUCCACUGUCAUGGGCUGCCGGAGAGGGACACAAGGCAGUGGUAGAGCUACUGCUUGUAAACAAGGUCAAGGCCGAUUCAAGAGAUAACAACGGCCAGACGCCGCUGUCGUGGGCUGCUGAAGAGGGAAGCGAGGCUGUGGUUAAGCUACUGCUUCAAAACAACGUCGAGGCCGAUUCAAGAGAUAACAACGGCCGGACGCCGCUGUCGUGGGCUGCUGGCUCGGGCCGGAAAAGCGAGGCCGUGGUUAAGCUACUGCUUCAAAAUAACGUCGAGGCCGAUUCAAGAGAUAACAACGGCCGGACGCCGCUGUCAUGGGCUGCUGCUGCCUGGAAAAGCGAGGCCGUGGUUAAGCUACUGCUUCAAAACAACGUCGAGGCCGAUUCAAGAUAUAACAACGGCUGGGCGCCGCUGUCAUGGGCUGCUGAAAAGGGAAGCGAGGCCAUAGUUAAGCUACUGCUUCAAAACAACGUCGAGGCCGAUUCAAGAGAUAACAACGGCCGGACGCCGCUGUCAUGGGCUGCUGCUACCUGGAGAGGAAAGGCCGUGGUUAAGCUACUUGAGUCGUGCUCCUUACCGAUGGAUAACUGA